GCAGCCGCCUCGCGCUCGCUCCACUCGCCUUUUGCAAAGUGAGCCGUGCCGUCCGCGCUGCGGGUGCGGGGCUACCGUAGACCCAAAUGCACGCUCUGGGCAGUUCGGGAAAGCGUCGGUUUCAGCAACACCUCCCGACGCCGCUGAAACGAGCCGUCGGUAACGGGCUGGAGGGGCGAGGCAAGGCGCCCUGCAGAGGAACAAGUGGAACCGGUAGGAGGCUUUCCUCCCGAGGCGGAGGAUGGCUGCGAGGGAUGAGCCCAGUUGAGAAAAGGCGUGUGUGAGGGACGCCCCGGUAUUCCUGAGCUGCUGCUGCUGAAGAAGAAGAAGAAGAAGAAGAAGAGGGGGAAGGUUUUGUGCGGGUUUUUUCCCCCCCUUGGGAGGUGGGGCGCCGGGGGAUGCCCGCACCAACCCAGCCACGUACUUCUCUGCAUCUGCUCCACGAUCCACCCGGUCCGUUUAUCCCGGAGGUUUGGUGAGGGCACUUUAUUGCCCCUCUGCUCCGCCCCACCCGUUGCUCUCAGUGUGUGCGCUCGCCCUGGGUGCGUCAUCCAGACAGUUGUACUGUACUUUAUACUCUCUUCUCUCCUCCUUUCCGGGCUCUUGUACGCCAAUCGUCCCGGCUGCCCUGCCUUCUCCAAGGGAGAAGGGUGGGCCUUGUUAUCCGGGGAAGAUACAACUACCACCGCCAAUGGAACCUGUUUUGCGACGGGCGCUUUUGCUGCCGGUUCUUCGUGGGGCAAGGAAGCCACCGUUCCCAUUGUAUUUGGCUGGACGCCUGUGAGGGCGCUCCCCCUCCCCCUUUCCAGGAUCUUCUGGACGGUGACUCCAAUGCCGCCUUUUACAAGCUCCGAUGUCACUUUCUUUCCUUCGUCCCAGUCACUUGAGUGUACGCGUGGCUGUUCGUCCACGAAGAAGGUCCUCUGAAAGAAGAUCACCUUGCCCGAAGGUGUCUCUGUGAAACUACAGAAUUCCAAGUUGACUUUCGGUUGAACUAAGGCUGAAGAUCGUUGCUCGGUUUUGCUGGGCUGUAAAACUACGGGAACUCCCCUCCACACCUUGCCUUGCCUUGCCUCGCCUCCCAGGGGGAAAGAUAUCCAGAGGCCAGGAGAGAAAGUGAGUGAAGGGUUUUGUUGACCUCGGAAUGCCCUACUCCACCUUGGGAGACUCUCCUUUCUUCUGAACAAGAGCUGGCAGAAGGAACUUUGGGAGAAGGGAAGGGCUGGCUUUUCUCUUUACACAAAAACUCUUGUUGCUGAAUUCUAAAAGCUGUUUGAAUCCCCUGGAGACUCAGUUGCCUAUCUGGCCCAGAGGAGCAAUUGUAUUGGUCGAGGAAAGGGGUUAUUUAAGGACCCUCGGGGAUUGAGGGACAGGUCCUGCUUAAAGAAGAGACUUCAAGAAUACCCUUGCCUCAUUUCACCUGCAGAGGUGCUCGGAGCAAGCUUGAGGAUUUUCCCCGAGGGUACUUGGAAGCUGCAUCUUUCUUGCUGUGACAUCAGGAAGAAACUUUGCCCACCAAAAUGUCCAAAGUGGUGGCUUCCAGUGGAGCUGGAACCUCGGCAGCAUCAGAGAGUUGUGGGGCAGGGCUGGCUGAAGACCUCUCUAAGGUGUCUGAUGAGGACCUGCUGAAAUGGAGCAAAGAAGAUCUCAUUCGUAGCCUUCGUAAAGCUGAGUCAGAGAAAGUGAGUGCCAUGCUGGAUCACAGCAACCUCAUCCGGGAGGUCAACCGCCGCCUGCAGCUCCACCUGGGCGAGAUCCGGGGGCUUAAGGACAUCAAUCAGAAAUUGCAGGAAGACAACCAGGAGCUGCGAGACCUUUGUUGCUUCUUGGAUGAUGACCGGCAGAAAGGCAAAAAAGUAUCCCGCGAAUGGCAGAGGCUUGGGAGGUAUAGCGCUAGCAUGAUGCAUAAAGAGGUUGCCUUAUAUUUGCAAAAGCUGAAGGAACUGGAAGUAAGGCAGGAAGAAGUUGUGAAGGAAAACUUGGAGCUGAAGGAGCUUUGUGUCUUGUUGGAUGAAGAAAAGGGUGGGGUUGCUGGCUGCCGAAAUUCAAUAGAUAGUCAAGCCAGUCUUUGCCAAUUAAAUGCCACAAGUACAUUCAUAAGAGAUGUUGGAGAUGGGAGUAGUACCUCCAGUACUGGGAGCACUGAUAGUCCUGAUCACCACAAGCACCAUUCAAGCUCAAGUCCUGAGCAUCUCCAGAAAACAAGGAGUGAGGGAAGUCCUGAGCAUCAAAAGCACAGGAGUGCUAGCCCUGACCACCUCCACAAACCUCGAAGUUCUGGAAGUCCUGACCACCAGAAGCAUCUGAAAGGACCAAGUCCAGAGCAUCAUAAAACCCUAACCAAAGGUACUUCAGAGCAGCAGAAGCACAGUUGUAGCAGUCCAGAAACACUGCCAAAGCACAUGUUGAGCGGGAGCCCAGAACACUUUCAAAAGCAUAGGCCUGGGAGCAGUCCAGAACAUCAAAAGCACAGCAGCAGCGGAAGCCCUGAACUUCAUCAAAAGCAUGCUCUGAGUGGAAGCUCAGAACACCUCCAAAAAGUGAGGGGCACAAGUCCUGAGCAUCUCAAACAGCAUUACGGGGGAAGUCCCGAGCACCUCAAACAUUUGGGCAAUGGCAGCAGAGAAGGCACCUUAAGGAGACAAGCUGCAGAUGAUCUGUCACCCCAUCAUAGGGGCCUCUACAAUGGGAUGAAUGAAUCAACCUUGUCCUAUGUUAGGCAGCUGGAAGCAAGAGUAAGACAGCUGGAGGAGGAAAAUCGCAUGCUGCCCCAGGAUCCCAUUAGGAUGCCAUCAGAGGUAGAUGGGAAUGUCUGUUCUCCGAACCAUCCAGCUAGCUUCAAUGAACAGGCCUCCUUAUCUUCUCAACAGCCUGAAGCGAUGGUUAAUGCCCUCAAGGUUGUGUGGAGGAAACUUGGAGAUGCUGCAGGCUCGUGUCCUGGAAUUAGACAGCACUUGUCUGGAAGCCAGUACAAAGGGCCAAUGUGAAUGACUGUCAAAACAAGGAAGGAUUCCAAGUAUCAGUGGACGUCACAGCAACCCUUUUAAUAAUAAUGAGACAAUGCCAAACACUUUCUAGGCCACUACUGGAAAAUAGAAGAGUCUUUUCUUCAUAGACUUUUGUGUGAAGUAUCCAGAUCUGCAACUAAUAUACUUCAUUCUGCUUUUGCCACAAGCAUUUUCAAUACACACACACACAAACACACACACACGGAUAUAGCUAACAAUCAUCAAGGUUGUUUGCAUUAAUUCAGAUGGAAAACUCUCAGAGAAAGUGCUUUUAUAAAAAAAAAGGAAAAGAAAAGAAAAGAAAGAAAUCAAGAGAUUCUAAUGAACUAUGCUCUUGGUCUUCACAGUUUGAAAAAAAAAGUAGUCUUAUAUUUAAUUGUAUUAAAUAUUGAAUAAUGGUGAAUAGCAAAUCUGCAGCUGAAACCAUUUUCUUUCCAGAUGUUAGGAUUAGUGCUAAAUACCCCAAACCUUCAAGUCUUGCAAGAGCCAAUACUGUAGCAAAAGAAAAACUAUAUAUAUAAGCACUAAAAUUGUGAUGCCUCAUUGCUCUAAAAACAUAGACCAAGAAUCACUUUAUUCUUAUCCACUUUGGUGAUUGCAUUCUAAAGACCUGGUCUUUCUCUUAUUAAAAGAAAUAUUCCCUCUGUAGCAAAGUGCAGCCAAGUCCUGAGGCACUCUUAGUAAUCGGGCAUCAAAAGCCUGUGCUGCUCUUUCAGGGUUGAAAUAGAUCCUUGAGCCACACUGAAGACAGGGUACCUGUAGUAAUGCUCUGGAGACAUGGUGCCUGGUAGCUGCAAUUGUAUCCAUGGCUAAAUCUUGAUUGGAGAUCUGCACAUAUACAUCAAGGAGAAUGCCGGAAGGGAGGGACUGUUUCCAGCGCUGUGGAGUGAACACUGCAUCUAUUUUCAUUCUUUUUUAAUAGAUAGGGGAUUGCUGAUAUCUAAAGAAAAAAUAGCUCAGAUAUCAGACUUGUGUGCUUUUAAUUUUAAUGUACACAUAAACCCACACAGAAAAACUUGAAAAGGGGAAAGUUGUGCUCUUGGAACAUGGAGCUGCACGCUGUUUCUAAUCAAUUUGAAUUAGAGACUGAUGGAAAUGGGAUAUUCAUGAUUGGCAGACAAGAAUAGAUGGAUGUGCUGUGAAAAUGGCAAACAAGACUAAGAAGCAAUUCACCAAGAAAGCUUGAAUGCUAAUGAUAGGAGUAGCUGUGGGGGUGACAGUUAUAGAUUGAGAGAUAAAGCAGAAAAUAUAGACACUAGCACCAGAAUGAAGGAUACCCACUUCCAGAGAAAUCACAAAUAAUUGGGAAAAUGUUAUGGAUAUAGGCUUCUCAUCUCUCAGUUAUAAAUUCAAAAUUAAGUUGAAAGUGAAGACUCUUCGAAUGAGGCUUCAGCUUAAAUUAUGACUACACUAAAGAGAAUAACAAACACAAGUCAUUUAAGGAAAGGAAAUCAUUAAAAGUUACUCCAAAAGUUUAAAAGAUGGCCAUAUCAUUGACUUAUGACUUUCAGUAACAUUUUCUCAAAUAUCACAAAUGUCCUUCCUUGGCCACUACUUUUAGGCUAAAAACCAACAGUUUAUAUAACUGACACAAUUUCUGCAGGGUAUCAAAAAUAAAUGAGUUAUGUGUAUCAUGAAUUGAACAGGACUUUACACAAAGCAAACUAUCUGUUGGUAAUACUUUCACUUUGGAUGUACAAUGUUUUGUGUAUUUUUCAGAGCAGAUGAAACAAUAAGGUGAAUUAGAAAGAGGAAAGGAGGUUUUGCUCCUGGGAAAGUGGAUCAGAGAAUAGUGUGAAAUUGGGUAAUGCUAAGAAAAUAUUUCAGGGAGCUCCUGGGUGUAAAACCUGGGCUAAUCUUAGAGACAAAUGACAAACCCAUCAUGACUAUGAUGGAUGCUGAAAUCAUCUCACUUCCAAAAAUCUGGCACUCAAAACUGAAGGCUGAUAUAGAAAACAUUCCAUGGCUUUAAGGAUAAUGCAGGAAAAAAAAAUAAUAUUUUGACUCCGAUAAAUUAAAGACUGAGGAGGUUAAGGGUAGUUUACUGAACACUGAAAUCCAUACCAUGGAACAGUAGCAUAAUAAUCAUAGAAUUAGAGGAACCCAUCAUUUCUCUGGAUAGUAUUGUCAGAUUGUUCUUGCUGCUAGGAAGGUUUUGUUUUGUUUUGUUUGAUAUUCAACUGAAAUCUAUUACCCUGCAACAUAAUCCUUUUUAAUAUCUCCUGAUGAUAAAGAACAGAUCUUGGUCUUUUUUAUAUCUGUGAAAUUGUUGAAAAACGUUAUCAUGAAAAUGGUCAUGAAAAUUCAAGUUAUUUAUAAAAAUGUUGAAAACAUGGGCCUAGGACUAGACUCUGUGGCAUCCCAUUGGAUUUUUUAAAAAUGUGGAUCAUUAAUGAAUUAACUCUUUGAACACAGUUUUCAAGCAGUUGUGGAUCACUUAAUAAACACGACAUAAACCCCAUAUUUGACAAUUACAGUACCAUGGUAUCCAAUAUCAGUUGCUUUCUUGAAGUCAAGAAAUACCUGCCUAGCAUUUUUAUUAAUCUGGUAAGACUUUUUCCUGACAAAUCAGUGGAAACUGAUGCAUUUUUAAGGUGCUUAUAGAUCCAGUAGUAGAGAAUGAUGGGUCCUUGGUUGUUUUUCUGCAGAUGUUUCUGCAGAUCUUAGUUUCUAGGUUAAAUAAUAUCACCAGUGCAUGGAAGAAUAGUUUGCUGGUUACUUAUGUAUAGUAGCUUGCCCUCCUGGUCUUGAUUGGACUGUAAUUUCUUCCUUGAUAACUUUAACAACAAAAAAAUGACACCAGAACUAAGUCUGGCAGGGCAAACUAUAUAAUUAUCAGUAAACUGCAAUUUCCCAUGAUUGAUGAUGUUACCUAGAAAUAUAUGCAGGAAAACAACCAAGUUAAGAGAAUACAAGAACCCAACAGCAUUUGCGGAUGAUUGACUGAUUAUUUGUCCUAGAAUCUUCCUAGGUAUUCAAAUCAAGCUAUAGUUCCAGAGGUUCUCCUUUUUCAUUUUUUUUUUUUGAAAAGAGGAAUAUAUGCCCUUGUCUAGUCUACCAAUUCAAUGCAGUCUUCAGGAUUCUGCAUUUAAUAGGCAACAGUUUAGCCAGACCAACAAGUUCUUUUCAGUACUCUGAAAUACAGUUAAUCCAACCUUGGAGAUUUAGGUUUAUAGUAGUCCUCAAUUUACAGCCACAAUUAGAACCAGAAUUUUCAUUGCUAACCAAGGCUAUUGUUGUGAGUCAUCCCUGAUUUUGCUACCUUUUUUUUUUUUGCCACAUUUAAUAAGUGCUUGAAUGAAAAUGGCAUACACAAACGUGUAUACUUAUGUUUGCUCCAGGAUCAAUUGUAGAGUACAUCCAGACUGGAUCUUUUGAGUCCCAGUAUAUAUAAUGAUCCUGUUGCUACUGUUCAUCAGCAUUUGGAGACUAAGAUUCUGCUGUGACUUGAGGAGCAAUUGCCUCUUGCUCCCUUUUCUUUUGAUACUGUGGACCAUGCAGAGAACUAGACUUAGUGGAGUUCAAAUUCAUGUCAUGUCCAGCUACUCAGGAUAUUGAUAAGUAUUAGAGUCUUUUGUGGAAUCUAUGGUCUUUGACACAAGUCCACAUCAUAUUUGCUAUGGAGAGAAUGAGCAGCCAAAAGGCCUCUUCUCUAAAGAGAGCCUACAGGAUGUAAAUUUAAGUAUAACCGAACUGUACAUUGCACCACAAGUAUAGUUCAGGAUAGACUGCUGGAUUCCAUGGGCUCUAGAAAUCCUAUGAAUCCAAGUGUUCUGGAUGUGACAAUUAUGCUUCUAGUUUUUGUGAGUUCCUUUAGAUAAGACACAAAUAAAAUUCUCCAUUUGGGGGCUGAAGGUUGCUACACUAUUUUAAUCAUCAGACCUCUGAUAGACAUAAUUAAGAUUAAUUUUAGGUUGGAUCCUGGAUAAUUUGAACCAAAGUAUAACCUCUCUUUCCUGACUCAUUUCUUAUCUGAUUAUACUAAUUUCCUAUGUAGUAAUUGUGCUCCAGUGUAAUUGACGCUACAGCCGACCUUUAGGGUGAUGCUCAACUCCUGCCACAUGACAUCAUUUUUGUACCAUGUAGAAAUUUUGUGAAGUACCUUAAAAUAAUUAGCUACAUUCAGUGCUCCUUAUUUCAUGAAAUUGAUUUCAGUAGCAAUGCUGUUGCAGAGUCCUGCACCGAGCCCAUACGUCAUCACACUGAAAUGGCUCAUCGUAGUCUGUUGUUCAACAAAUCCCUUGCCAGUUGCUUGUUUGCUGAUGUGGGUUUUAGGAUUGUGCUACUAUAGAUAUUAAGCAUUUGGAAUCUUUAAUCCAACCCUACAAGUCCCUUCUAAAUGUCAGGGAGCUAGGUUCUUCGGUUUUAUAAGAUAAUACUUGAUUUCACAAAUGUGUAUGGCUAACAGAAUAACACUGUAUUUAUUUGGGGUUCAGGAGAACUUUUCUUGCAGAGGUUCACAUCCUUUUAGAGGAAAUGUUGAGGAUUCUUGAAAGCAUGUCCUUCAUUAAUCUGAGGUUGAAAAUGCUUUUUCAUUUUGCUUGAGUUUUUGAAGAUAAAUGGGCUUACAUUAAAAUUUCCCUCCUAUCCCCUCCACUGUAUAAUAUUAGAUUCUGUGUAUUAAAUGUCUGAUAGCUAUUUUGUGUAUAUAUCAAAAUGCAGUAAUAUUUGUAUGAAUGUGCAACAGGCUUGUGAUUAAACGCUGUUGCUUUGACUUUUUAAUCAUACCUGAGUAUUUAACGCAGCAAUAGGAAUGCAACAAUUCCCAAGAUUGGGAUGAUUAAGAGGGUUUAAUUCAAAAUUGAUAGUGUCCUGUUUGUUUUCCUUUUUUCUUUUUCUCCGCUAUUAUGAUGGUGGGUAUUAGAUGGCUCCAGCACUAAUAUAGUGCAGCCUUUUAUCCUAUAAUAGAGUGGCAUUAAUCAGCCCCCUUUUUUCCAGGAAAAAAAGGUUAUCAAAAAUGUGCUUUAGUAAUUCAAUCAGAUUUUUUUUUAAUGUCAUGCUAGCUAACACAGUUGUUUUUCAUUAUUUAUAUUAAAAUUGUUAUAUUCCUAUUAUUACACGAGAACAAUGAAAGCGAGAGACCCUCAAAGAAUUUGUGCCCGUGGUCAAGGACUAGAUCCAAAGAACAACUCUAGAGAGGUUUUAAGUAUUUUUCUGGAUCAAUGGGAUAUUAAACUAUUUUUCAUUGAAUAGCAGUCUCUUUUCCUAAUGCUGUAUCACAAAGUGUUUAAAUAUUCCAUUCAGUCUAAUAAACGGAUUGCAACUGGCUACUUACUAUUCAAGGAAGAAAUGUCUAAGCUGUUCUUUUCCCUCAUUGAGGGUUGGGAGCAAGUUUUGUUGUUUGAUGGAUCUUAGCCAAGUUCUGCAGGAGAUAAUUUGAGCGAUGUUGGCCUUUUGACAUAAGUAUGUAAAUUUUGAUACUGUACUAAAACUAUUUUUUUACAAUUCAUCAUAUAAUGGGGAUACCAAACAUAUGUGUUCAUUUUAGCAAUGGUAAUAAAAUAUUUAAUCUCAAAAUCAA